GUUGCAAACGCAGGCAUUUGCAAACCAAAAUUGCUCAUAGAAACGACAUCCGAUGAUUUUGAGUCCGUGCUUGCUGUCAACAUCAAAGGCACCUUCUACAGUUAUAAAUAUGCAGCACAGCAGAUGAUAGCUCAAGGUGAGGGUGGGCAAAUUGUCGGUGCAAGCUCCCUUGCGGGAAAGAAAGGCAGGUCUACAUAUGCGGUUAUUCCUUCCGCUUACUGCGCAUCCAAGUUUGCUGUCCGAGGGUUGACACAAUGCGCAGCUAUCGAACUUGGUCACAACGGAAUCACAGUGAACGCAUAUGCUCCAGGAGCAAUUCAAACACCAAUGCGUAAGUUUCGAGAUUUGUGCGUUAAUAUCAUUACGAUGUUCAAACGGUUGUCAUCGGUAGGCGACAUAGGAACUACCCAGGAUGUUUCGAGCCUGGUUUCAUUUCUGGUGACCCCGGAAGCACGUUUUAUCACAGGUGUGUAUAUUUUACAUGGCCCAUGUUUCAUAGGCUCGUAA